CAUGGGGAACAAUCCACACUUUGAAAAACAGCCCCUGAUCCGUUUUGCAAGCCACACUGAGCACCCACAGCAGCCGUGUGCAGGUCGAGGUAAAUGGAUCUGAGCGGUGCUUUGUUUCUUUCCUUAGGCUGGCUGAUGCUGCAGUUAGCUGAUGGGGAACUGGAUUACGUCUCUCAGGGACGGGGAAUGCAGCUGCAAGGCGACUUUCUCAUCGCUGGACUCUUCCCUCUGCACUACACAGAUGGACCAAGUGAUGGUUUGCCUGCUCUUGGUCCAUGCAAGAAAGGUAGAAACAACAAACAUGGGUUUCACCUGAUGCAAGCCAUGAGAUUUGCUGUGGAGGAAAUCAAUAACAGCACCGGACCUCAGACUCUGUUACCAGGAAUCAAGCUGGGCUACCAGCUGUAUGACAUCUGCUCGAUACCGGCCAGUAUCCUGGCCACCCUGGACCUGCUGCAGCAGCACCACAGGACCUCUACACCUGGGACAGAAGGAGACACAGACCCAAACUAUAACAACAGUCAAAGGGCCGUGGCUGUGAUUGGGCCGGACAGCAGCAGCAAAUCUAUAACCCCCGCUGCUUUACUGGGGGCUUAUCUCAUACCACAAAUCUCUUAUGAAGCAUCAAAUGAAAAGCUGAGCAACAAGUACCUCUAUCCAGCCUUUUUCCGCACAAUUCCUAGUGACAAGAACCAGGUGGCAGCUAUGAUCCAGCUCCUGGUUCGUUUCAACUGGACCUGGAUUGCACUGUUAGGCAGUGACAAUGACUACGGCCUGGAUGGCAUGAAGAGCUUGUCCGAGCAAGCACCACACCACGGCAUCUGCAUCGCCUACAAAGGAAUCAUCCCCUCGCACAGCAAAGACACAAUCCCGACCAUGAGGAGCUUGGUGGAAGGCAUACUGAAGACCAAAGUCAACACCAUCGUGCUCUUCUCCAGCAAGUCAAAACUCAGUAAAUUCUUCCCGUAUGUUAUUGAGCGUAACGUUACAGAGAAGGUGUGGAUUGGGACGGAGGACUGGUCAGUGGCUACUCUUAUAUCAGACAUACCUGGGAUCCAUGUCAUCGGCACUGUGCUCGGCAUGUCCGUCAAAAAUGCAUCCCUAUCUGGUUUUCAGGAGUUUGAGAGAAAGGUUGUUGAGGCUUCAAUGAAACACAGUAACACACAGGACGUUUCUGACGGCAACGACUGUCUACAGAGCACAGACCUGUACACCCUCGCCAAGAAGAAGUUCUCAUUGGAGAACUAUGACAUCACGUCUUCCGUCAAUGUGUAUAAAGCAGUGUAUGCUGUGGCGCAUGCUCUGCACCAAGCACUGAGAUGUGAUUCUGGACAGUGCCAAAGGAGUAAUAUGUACCCAUGGCAGCUUCUGCCGUGGCUCAAGCAAGUGAGAUUCUCUCUGGACAACACCUCUGUGUACUUUGAUAUGAAUGGUGACCCACCCACAGGAUAUGACAUUGUGACCUGGGUUUGGACGGGGAAGGACUGGUCUCUCAGAGUGGUUGGCUCUUUUAGCCCAGAUCCCAUUACAUUGAGAAUUGAUGAAGAUCAAAUUGAGUGGCACAACAGUGGAGCUUCAAGAUCAGUACCGCUGUCCAUCUGCACUCCUCCCUGCAAGAAAGGCCACAAGAAGCUGCUGACUGGGCACCAUACGUGCUGCUUUGAAUGCGAGGAAUGUCCCUCCGCCACAUUCCUCAAUAUAAGUGAGUCCACUACAUGCCAGCAGUGUCUGCCAGAGCAGUGGUCUCCUCCAGGCAGCGAGCAAUGUCUGAACAGGACCGUCCUGCUGCUCGCCUGGGACGACCCCCUCUCCAUCGCCCUGCUCGUUUUUCUGGCCGCCUGUGUUCUCAUGACCUCCAGCACUGCACUAAUCCUCCUGCUCAACCUGAACACGCCCGUGGCCAAGUCUGCUGGAGGCCGCACCUGCCUCCUGAUGCUGGCAGCCCUGACUGCCGCUGCCAUGAGCUCUUUGUGCCAUUUUGGCCAGCCGUCUCCUCUGGCCUGCCUCCUCAAGCAACCUCUAUUCAAUUUCAGCUUCACUGUGUGUCUGGCCUGCAUCACUGUGCACUCCCUCCAGGUGGUCUGCAUUUUUAAAUUUGCAUCCAAGCUGCCGCCGGCCUAUGACAAAUGGGCCAAAAAACACGGCCCACAGUUUACCAUUUUCCUGGUGUCUGUCAUCAUCUUGUUUAUUUCUGUGGUCCGUGUGGCCCUCAACCCUCCACAGCCAUCCCAGGAUCUUGACUUCUACACGGACAGCAUUGUCCUGGAGUGCAGUAACACCCUAUCCCCUGGUGCAGGUCUCGAGGCCACUUAUGUAGCACUGCUCAGCAUCCUCUGCUUCUAUUUCAGCUACAUGGGCAAAGACCUUCCAGCCAACUAUAACGAGGCCAAGUGUGUCACCUUCAGCCUCAUGGUGUACAUGAUCUCCUGGAUAAGCUUCUUCACUGUCUACUACAUCAGCAGAGGCCCGUUCACCAUAGCCACACACGUUUUUGCCAUACUCUUCAGCGUUCUGGCCAUGCUUUGGGGCUACUUCCUGCCCAAGAUUUAUAUUAUUGUCCUGAGGCCGCAAAUGAACACCACUGCCCAUUUCCAGAACUGCAUUCAGAUGUAUACCAUGAGUAAAAAAUGAAGUUGUAAUUAUUUAAUUUGAUAAAAAGUAGCAACAAACAGUGAAGGCCUACCAGGAAAAAUAAUGGGAACAGAGUUUCCCUUUUAUUUUU